AUGCGCUUCACUACGACUAUUCGCCUGUUGGGCGUUUCUCUUUUGGCCUCUGUUGCGAGUGGACAACUUGCUCCUGCGCCUCAUGGCUGGCCAAACUUCUGGUACAAAGGCCAUGUUACCGACAAAGCCACCUUCACGUACAAUCCAACAAAUGAGUUCAUCUUUCCCAGUAUCUUCCAUGCAGGGGAAUAUCUAGACGACCCUCUUGGAAAAUGGUAUCUCUACUACGCACCACACGAGAACCCAGGAGGUAUAUCGCUGGUAUACUCUGACAGUCUCGAGGGACCUUGGGAAGAGUAUGAGAACAACCCUGUCAUUGCCAACAAGUGGGAUUCAUACUACUCAGUCCCGCACGUCUCAAGCCCAGAUGCAAGUUGGAACUCUGACGCCGGCCGAAUGUUUCUCUACUUCCACGGCGAUAACACCCAAACUCGCUGGGCAGAAUCAAGCAACGGCGUUGACUUCCGUUACGGAGGCGUAGCAGUCAACAACCAAAUGAGCGGGUCCAACACCACAGAAUCAAGCUACGCUCGUGUCUUUGCGCAUCCCAACUCUGCAUCCAAGUACAACUACGCAAUGUUUUACAUGGCCAACGAAAAAGACAACAGGCGCAAGAUCCGUCUCGCUGAAUCUGUGGAUGGUCGGAAAUGGACUGUUGAUUCAGAUUAUGUUGUUCAGCCUGGCGGACCUGAGGGGACAGAUGUCUCGGGUGCGAAUUACUGGACGUGGAAUGGUCAGGCCUAUGUUAUUUAUCAUGGCUCUUCGGGUAAGAUUUACGCAAGGACUAUUGAUCAGACAUUGCGGGAUGUUGGGGUCGAGCCAAUUUUGCUGUAUCAGUCUAGAGGGAAGGGGGAGGAUGUUGGAAGGGUUGCAGCGCCUGAUAUUGCGAGUGCUGGAGGGAAUACUUACAUGUUUUAUGAGUCUGGAGAUCGGUUGGGUGCGACGAUUGCUUGGGCUAAGAUGCAAAAGCAAUAG